GUUUAUUUCAUGGCUCCUUUCAUGCCAAACAGUUUACAGCUAAAAAAACUCUUUUCAGGGCAUUUUUUCUUAAACGUGAGUCUCACUAAAUGUUUGUAGUCUGUUCACUGCUUAACGUAGAUAAAGAAGGCUGUUGUGAGUUGACUGAUUUUAGCGGCUGAUGAUGGAGGAACAGAGUCAGGAGGACAUGGCAGGAGGAGGACUGACUGAGAAGGAUGAAGAGAUGAAGAAGGAGAUCCUGACAGUUCCAGAUGCAGAAGAAGAAGAAGAGGAGGAGGAGGAGGAGGAGGAUGAGGAGGCUCUUCCUCACUCAGAGAUUCUGGAUAUUUUCGAGGAGGGACUUGCUCGCCUUGUGCAGGACCCUUUACUCUGUGAUCUGCCAAUUCAGGUGACUCUGGAGGAGGUCAAUUCUCAAAUAGCUCUGGAGUACGGCCAGGCGAUGACCGUGAGGGUUUUAAAGGCAGAUGGUGAAAUAAUGCCCAUAGUGGUGGUUCAAAACGCUACUGUACUAGAUCUGAAGAAGGCCAUCCGCAGAUUCAUGGAGCUGAAACAGCAGCGUGAAGGCGGAGUGAAACAUAUCAGCUGGAGGUAUGUUUGGAGAACUUAUAAUUUAGUGUUUCAAGGGGAAAAACUUGAAGAUGACAAGAUGAGGCUCAAAGACUACGGGAUCAGGAACAGAGAUGAAGUAACGUUCAUGAAGAGACUCAGGAAGAAGUGAAAUGUCACAGCAAGCAUUGACACAUCAAGAACAAACAACAGCAACUACCUGCCUCUCAGAUUUGAAAUUACUUUCAAGUAUUCAUGAUAGUUUGACUUGUUCACAGAUGAUUAUA